AUGGUAAACAAGCUGCUGAUAUUUCUUUUUCUACUCUUUUGCACCUCUUCUUUCGAGUUCAACUUAGGCCCAAGCUACACACAAUGCUUUGGAGAAGACAUGAGCACUGGCACACUGUUAGUCGGAGAAGUCUUGAUAAAAAACAAACGAGUUGACCAGAAAUUCCUUUCUGUUCAAAUUAUGAAUCCCAGCAAAAAACAGAUACACACAAGCCAAAAUGUGAAUCGCUCAAUCUUUAGCUUCACAGCCGAAGAAGCAGGAGCUCAUAAUAUUUGCAUAACUAACGGAGGAAAAGAAAGUGUCACCAUUUCUGUAGACGUGAAAAUAGGGAUGACAUGAAAAAAACCCUAGGGGUUUUUUUCAUGUAGUUUUUUUUCUGAUGAAAAUGACUGAAAAGUAGAAUUCCUGGAAUUUUCCAGGAAAAAACCCCAACGGUAAUUUUCGAAAAUUUUGCAAACCAUACAUGAAAAAACCCCAACUUUGUGUUUUUCCUGGAAUUUUCCAGGAAAAAACCCCCAUCCUCAAAAAAGUCCAUUAUCAAAUUAAAGGUCAUCGUAAGUAGAGAUAAAGCCACAAAAAUUCAAUUGCAAAGACUAAUCACAUAAUCUAUUCUAAAAUCUUAUUAUCAAUAAGAAAUGAAUAAAGUAAACAAAUAGUAUCUAAAUUAAUACUUGAUUUUGACAGUAGUAAAUUUUUGAUUCUCAAAAAACAGCAUGAAAAACCCUAAUUAAAAAUAAAUUAUUAAUACAAUUGCAUAAGAUAGAGUCCUCAAAAAGAGUGCUAAUAUAGGAAAAUAGAUAUCUAAAGCAACAAUACAUCAAAUACUUGAUUAUUAGAAUCAAAACUCAUAAUAAAUUACAAUUGUUAUAUUAUAUUAAAACAAAUAAAUAGGAAAAAAAUUACAGGAAAAAACCCUCAUGAAAAAUUUAGGUUAAAAAACUACAGGAAAAAACCCCUAGUGACCCAAAAAAAUCACAGGAAAAAACCCCAAUGGUGGUAAAAUCCUGGAAAAUUCCAGGAAAAAAACCCCUGACUCCUCCCCCUUUAAAUUGGAACAAAAUUCAAUUUUAUAGAUAAAAAUAAUAAAUUUUAUGUAAAAAGUUUUGAUAUAAGUUAAAUGUUUCUUCUUAACUAAAAUUAAAAAAUUUAGUUAUAUCUUGCUCUUGUUUAAAGAAGAGAGCAUAAAGCGCAUCUUAUUUAAAUAAAUUUAUUAUCCUUAAUUGCUAAAUUUUUAAAUGCAUUUAAUUUUCAAAAUUUUUUUUAAAAACAUUAUAUUUUUUAUUUAAAUAAUUUUGAUAUAAAUUCAAUGCAAAUUCUUUACAAAAAUUCAAUAUUUACUUUAUUUCUUGCUUUAUUUAAGAAUAGAGGAUAAAUAGUUAUUUUAAACAAAAAUUAGCACUUUGAUUAAUAAAUUUUCUAAAAUGGUUUUUAUCAAUAAAAAUAAUAAUUUUUGUGUAAAUAAUUUUGAUACCGAUUAAUAGUGGCGUAUUAACUAAUAAUUAAAAUUUAGUUAUAUUUUGCUUCUUUUUAAUGGUUAAUGAGUAAAUAGCAUUUUAUUAAACAAAUUUAUUAAUAUAAUUUGAUAAAUUUUUGAAAUGUUUUUUAAAUGUUUAUAUAAAAUGUUUUUAACUCCCCUUUAAAUUGGAACAAAAUUUUUUGUUCCAAUUUAAAAUUAUAAAAAGCUCAUUUGAAAAAUAAUAAUUUAAAAAACCCCUUCACGAAAAGUUUAAGACAUCUAGCACCAUUUAUAUAUAAAGUAUUAAAACGCAAUAAAAGCAUAUGAAAUAAAAUGAGAUCUAUGAUUACACUAUGAUACCAUUUAUCCUAUUUACUAUUUUAACUAUUUCUCACAUAUUGUAUCUACCUGCAGCACAUCUUGCACUAGCUAACCUUGUAUCAUCAUGUAUUUGCCAGCUCACCUUGUACCACCUAUGACAUAUCUGAACUAGAUCAUCUUGCAUCAACCUGCAACACAUCUUGCAUGGCUUGAAAGCAUAUUUUGAUCUCUAUGAAACAAUACCUGAAGAAGUACAGUAGCUACUGAAAAGUCAAAAUGGAAAUAAUGGCAUUUUUAUGACAAGUACAGAUUUGUCUUGACAAAUAUUUUUAGUAGGCACCGUUUGUUUAGCCAAACGUUAGUUUACAAUGAAAAUAGUCUUUGCCAUUUCAGUUUUUUAAUGAUAUAGCUACUUUUACUCUUUGGUAUUGUUCAAUAAAUAUUAAUAUUAAUCCCUUGAACUUUAGCAGCUAAUAUUGUAUCCACCUGUGACAUAUCCUGCAGUACACUCACUCUGUACUAGCUAAUUUUGUAUCAACCUUUGAGAAAUCUGUUCUAGCCCACCUUGUAUCAACCUGCAGCUAGGUUUAAGAGUUAAUAUGAUCAAGGUGCAACAAUUCCUAAAGAGUAAAAGUAGCGAUCUAAAGAGAUAAACUUAAAAUGGAUCUAUUUGUCAAACCAAAUCUGUACUUGUAAUAAAGCUGGAAUUUAUCAAUUCUAUCUGACAUAUCAGAUCGCUACAUACCUCUUGAGGUAUUUGUUUUGAAGCUUUGCACCCGAUAAUAGCUUACCUUGCAUCACCUGUGAUUAAUCCUUAACUCGCUCAUUUAUCAAUCUAUAGCACAUCUUGCAUUAUAUAGCACUAUAUAGCUCACUUUGCACCACCUGUGGCACUUCCUGUAUUAGCUCAGCUUGUGCUACCUGUAGCAGAUCUUGCACUAGCUCACCAUGCAUAUAUAUAUGGGACAUAUCCUGCACUUCAUGAUAUACUCUUGAUAAAUAAGCAUUUUCAUGUGCUAGAUGUCUUACCCUUUUUGUAAAGGGGUUUUUUAAAUUAUUAUUUUUCAAAUGAGCUUUUUAUAAUUUUCUCAGGGGUUUUUUCCUGGAAUUUUCCAGGAUUUUACCACCAUUGGGGUUUUUUUCCUGUAAUUUUUUGGGUCACUAGGGGUUUUUUCCUGUAGUUUUUUAACCUAAAUUUUUCAUGAGGGUUUUUUCCUGUAAUUUUUUUCCUAUUUAUUUGUUUUUAAUAUAAUAUAACAAUUGUAAUUUAUUAUGAGUUUUGAUUCUAAUAAUCAAGUAUUUGAUGUAUUGUUGCUUUAGAUAUCUAUUUUCCUAUAUUAGCACUCUUUUUGAGGACUCUAUCUUAUGCAAUUGUAUUAUAAUUUAUUUUUUUAAAUUAGGGUUUUUCAUGCUGUUUUUGAGAAUCAAAAAUUUACUACUGUCAAAAUCAAGUAUUAAUUUAGAUACUAUUUGUUUACUUUAUUCAUUUCUUAUUGAUAAUAAGAUUUUAGAAUAGAUUAUGUGAUUAGUCUUUGCAGUUGAAUUUUUGUGGCUUUAUCUCUACUUACGAUGACCUUAAUUUGAUAAUGGACUUUUUUGAGGAUGGGGGUUUUUUCCUGGAAAAUUCCAGGAAAAACACAAAGUUGGGUUUUUUCAUGUAUGGUUUGCAAAAUUUUCGAAAAUUACCGUUGGGGUUUUUUCCUGGAAAAUUCCAGGAAUUCUACUUUUCAGUCAUUUUCAUCAGAAAAAAAAACUACAUGAAAAAAACCCCUAGGGUUUUUUCAGCUCAACCCGUGAAAAUAGGAAUUGCUGCCAAGGAUUACACAAAUAUCGCAUCAACCAAAGAAUUGAAAGAAACAGAGCUAAUGGUGGUUAAAGUAUCAGAAACAAGCACACAGAUUCAUAAAGAGCUGCAAUAUAUAAGGGAAAGAGAAGAGCAGAUGAGGAAUACAAAUGAAACAAUUUAUUCAAGGGUGAUAAGCUAUUCAAUUGUGACGCUUGUAUUCUUGGCUGCUAUUGCAAUUGUGCAGAUCCUUUAUUUAAAGAAGUUUUUUAAAUCUAAGAAAAUGAUUUAA